AGCCCGGGUGGACGGCGCCGCGGCGGUUGACACGAUCGGAUAAUGGCGCUCUCACCGAAACAACCCGAUAGAGAUGGGCGAGCCCUUCAGCGCUGAGCAAGCCUUGUGCGGCGGCGCCGCGCCGAGCCGACAUACCAGAUAUGGCGCUAUCUCACCUGAUCAAGAAAAUGGGUCACUCCUUGAUGGAGAUAAGGGUGCGCGCGUUGAAGAGCAUCAUGUGUAAACUGGACCAUUCCCUGAUUUCUGUCUCUGACCUGGUCCAAGAGAGGAGGCUGUUUGUGGUACUUCUGGAAUGGUUCAAUUUCCCCGAAGUGCCAAUGCAGGAGCAGGUCAUUGAGCUGCUCAGCACUUUAUCAAAGCAUCCAAGUGCAGCCCAGAUGCUGAGAGACGUUGGGGCGGUGGAGUUCCUCUCUCAGCUGUCUCCAAAUGUAGAGCCCAGCCUGCGAGCUGUCAUAGAUGGCAUCCUGGACCAGCUGUUCCAUCUACCGGAGUUACUCCCCAGUUAUACAAUGGCCUACCCACAAAGACAGCGUGUUGCAGCUCCAGCAGCCUCUCCAUUCACUCCACCCGAAGAGCAUUCCCCCAACAUGGGUUACUUCCAGAAGAGUAAGCCAAGCCAUGCAGCCGUUCCACCUCAGAAGAUUGCAGUGUGCGAGUCUGUGAGAUGUCUGAAGUUUUCUGUGUUUCCCUGGCUGGCAUUGACCACCACAGACAGACAUAUACUUUCAUCUAAUGAGAGCUCUCUGAGGAGCAAUAACCCCAACUUAGUCCGGACCACUUGUGAACUUCUGCGUGACGUCAUAUUGCAAGACUUUCCCGCUGAAAUCUUCCUGCAAAGGCCAAGCAUCGUGCAGAACCUGCUGUCCCUCAUGAGGCUGGGUUCAGGUGAAGGUGAGGCGAGCUACUUCCGGCUUCAGGCUGUCGCCUGCCUGCGGCAGCUCUGUGUGGGCCUGAGAAGCAGACUGCGCUUUCAUCAAGACCCAAGCUUCUACUGUGCCAAACAAGAAGCCGUGUCCCAGAACUCGUCCUUGUCUUACUCCCAAGAGGUGCAGGGGACCCAGCUUUCGCAGGUCUCAUCCCCGGGGGCUGAGGGAUCUCCUCGACCCUCUGUAGUGGGACGUACUGGCCAAAGAGCGAGGGGGGAUGGACAGGACAGAGAUGCAGCCUCCAGCAGGGGAAGCUCUCAUAGAGGUGGGGCAGGCACCCAGCCCUCCAGGCUGACACCCCAGUCAGCUGCAGAUGUGGCCCACUUGGAGCUGCCCGACCUGGGUGUUGAAGAUGUCCAUGAACUCCAGUUGCAGCAGCUGAGUCUGGCACAGUUCACUGUUAUAGCCACGGUGCAUGCCAUACCACUGCUUAAGACGGAGAGCGUGCAUGUGUUCCAGCGUGUUCUUGAGUUGCUGAGCGAUGCCAUCCUGCUGCUCGGGGACAGCGUGAGCGAGCAGGUCUGGGACGACCGCAGUCUGGUGGGGAUGGAGUUGAAGGAAAAGCUUCAGGCCUGUCUGGAAUUAUUGGGAGAUAUCCUGAGCUACCAUCAGAGCUGUUCAGAAGACAGCCCCCAAAAUGUGCUGGUUCACCACAGAAUGGCCUACACUUGCACUGCUGUAUUCACUAUUAGGCUGCUUCAGACCAUCCUUCCCCCUGAGAAGGCCAACAACCACCUUCCAGAGAAGACAGCAACAGCCAUUUUCCACCUGUGCCUUGACGGCACCUUUGGAGGUGCAUUUCCCAGCAUGCAAGAGUCAGCUGUGGCAUACUUGGAGCAAGUAAACUCAGAUGGCUAUGACCUCUACAGGAGGGUGACCCGCGCCAUCCUCUCAAUGGAGUCCACGUGUAACUUCCUCAAGGAGGUGCAGGCAGAGGGGGAGAAAAACUGGCUUGAGUUGCUGGAACUGGCAGACCAAGCCAUAGAUGGCCUUCCAUAUCACCAACACUUACCCAUCGUCAAAGAAUGCGUUCACAUCUGCUCUUAUCUGUGGAAGUUUGAUCAGCCCAGUCCACUGCUUCAGAUAGAGAGCCAGAAGGUUCUCCUCAAGCUUCUCGCCCAUCCUUUACUAACUGUAAAGACAGAGACCUACAUCUGCACCUUAAACCUGGUCAAGGACUGCCUUGGUAUCCAGAAUGUGGCCCGACCUGCGUCAGCAGCCUGCAGCGGAGUCCACUUUCUGCUCCAUCGUAGGGUGCUCUAUGAAAUCAGUGCCUUUGGCCUCCAGGAUUCUGCAGAGAAGGUGAACGCUGCUGCCAAGGAUAUCCUGCUAUUUCUGCUCAAGGGGCGAUUGAUGAUGACAGCACUAACCUGGGAGAGGUUUAACGAGGCACUUUACCCAGUCAUUCCCAUUUUACAGGGUUAUGCAGGCACCGAAGAGCCACUGGGAAACUGUGUCCUGCUGAUAAGUGAAGUGUCAGACAUGGCAAGAGACGAUGCGCUUCCAAACACAGCCAGGCUGAGAGCAGCGCUCCGACUCCUUUUCACUAAGCGGCCCACGGUGAGAAUAGCAGCAGUGCAACACAUCUUGCCACACCUGACCUGUUCGGAUGGUGCCAACACAGCCAGACCAGUCCUGGACCAACUAGUGCUCUCCUCCCUGCCCUCUCUCUACUGCAUCAGAAACUCAUUAGACAUCACACUGGACAUCGGCAGCAAGUCCUUCCUCAAGGUGGAGUUGUUGGAGAGGCUGUUUGGAAUUCUCACCUCUGACACUGUGGACCUGGCCAUUAAACGGUCCGCUGCUGAACAGCUGGCCGUUGUACUGCAAGACACAACAAUGCACCCAGUGCUGAAGACUCUUGGCAUAACAGACAGAGUCAUCUCUUUCUUUGUCCAGAGUGUAAACGGCAACAAGAGCAUGGACUGCCUGCUGGAGCCGUGUUUAUGUAUCCUCAGGAAGCUGACGUAUGCCGAUCCCUCUCUGAGGCACAGCCUGGCACAGCACACCCCUCUGCUCAUCGCAUUGCUCAGGGCUUCCUUGAUACUGAAGGAAAACAAAGGCAGUGGGAGUGAGACCGCUGUAUUGAUGUGUUUGCUGCUGUUUGAUGAGAUUGCUACAGUCGACGCAUGGUCUGACAAAUCCAACACGGCUGGGACUCUCACGCCAUUUUCCCUACCACUCUCAGUGACACGAAGAUACAAUAUCCCAUUCAAGGCAGCGACCCACCACGCAGUCAGUCCUUACUGCUGUGUUGUGCCCCCCUCUGCUGACCUUUUGACCUUUGCCCCUGCCCGCCAUGCCCUUCAGUUGGCCUGGAAUACUGCAUGGCAUUCUGGGAUAGACAGCCUCCUGGAGGAUCUGCAGGGCAUCUCCAGUGAUGUCGUCGAAUUCCAUGAAGAUCUGAGGCUGUCUGAACCACAGGUGCUGUCACUGCGGGUGUCGCUCCUCCCCAGUGGCAUUCAGGACUGCAUCCAGGCUAUUGUCACAGCGGUAGGACACAGUUGCGUGACCUCUGCCCUCUCCAGGCUCCGCCUCUACCUGCUGAUUGACAGACUGGCCCUGGCAAGCAACCAAACUCACACCUGCUGGGAUACGCUUCACUCCCUGACAUGGCAUUGUGCCAUAGCCAGGUUUCUUCAAGUGUGUCCAGCAUCUUUGGAGGAUGAGAGAUUGUUGUCAGAAAUUGUUGCAUUUCUGAAUGCCUAUUUCAAACAAAUGCACACUAAGUCUGAGUCUGCUGCAGAGGACAGGGAUCUACGUUGGAUACUGGAGCUGCUCCUUAACCAGAGCCAGGAGACUCUCUCUCUCCUGGAGUUACUGCUUGGUGUGGAGAGCCAGACCCCCGUUCAGAGCCAGGGGGAGCCAGAGGGCCUGAGGAGCCAGGUCAGCCAGAGACUGCAGAGGGAGCUCAGCAGCUUCUUUAACACCAUACUCCACUGCCUGGCACACACAGCUGACAGGUUGUGUUUGGUACAGGCAGGCCCCUUCAAGAGCCAGCUGGCUGUCCGCUUGCUCCAGAGCCUGCGGGUGUCCGACGCCCCGCGUUUCUAUGGCCUCCCCAGCCUGGAGAGGACUCUGCUGGGCAUGGUUAACCUGACAGCUCAGCCUGGCUGGAGCUUCCACUGCCCAGACCUGGAACCUAUCUCCCUCUGCUCAAAGUACCUAAGCGGACUGUUGGAGGUGAUCUCCUCGUUCUAUGUGGAGUGGGGCGGCAACUCCAUGUCCUUCAUGGGUAAGGGUGUGACCAAGAACGCUGUCAUCUGCUUGCUUCACCUAUCCCAUGAAAUGAUGUCUGAGAGCAAGGACGAGAGCAUCAUUUAUCAGUGGUCUUUGGGGCAUGAAGCAGGGUCUGAAGAGGCCGGUGGCUCUCAGCUUGGCUUGGCCUGGCUCAUCCCUCUAUGGGUGGACCGAGACCCUGAGGUAAGGUUUGCCAGCCUGGGGCUGGGUUCAGCUCUGUCCUCAGUACCUAGUGGAUGCCAGGCUCUGUGUGCCAGCUGCCAGAACAUCAGCGGGGGGCUAUGGGGCACACUGCUCAACAUCCUCCUGGAUCAGCAGGAAAGCAGCAUGGUCCGCAGAGAGGCAGCAUUUAUCCUGCAAAACCUCCUGGUGAUGCCCAUGCCUGCCAAUGCGGAGGAGGCCAAGGACUCCCCUUGGCAGAACCCAUGUGUCCAUGAUGAAGUAUCUGGAGUGUCUCUGGUAGGUCUGCCAGCCCUCCAGGCUCUGCUCUACCACUGCCAUUACUUCCAGCACGUGGCUUUCUCCGCCUCCGUUUGCUACCGUGGCAGGCACACCUUCCACAUGCAGCCCUUUGCUCAUGCCACCACCAACAACGCUAGUUCACAGGAGGGCACCUUGGAGGAUUCAGAGAACUCUCUGACGUUUUGGCAGAGCGUUCCCCCUGUACCCAUUAUCAACCCUGGCAGAGCUUCUAGUUCCCUUUCCACCUCUAGCACCUUGAUUAGGGGUUCGAGCCCACAUACCCCAACAGCACUCUCCCCAGUGGUUCCUACAGAAGAUACACCUGCCAGCAGACUUACGGCUCAAGGCCAGAGUGACACGGACACCAGCGACUCAGUCAUCUCCCAGGAUUCCCGACAGGGCGAGCCCUCUGCGGUGGGCUCUGUUGUCAUGGUAACUCCUGACCUCCUGACCGCCCACUGUGGGUUGCUGACCAACCUGUUGGCUGUUCUGCCAGAUUUCACCCUCGCUGCUCUCCGACACAGCCAACUCCUGCAGUCGCUGGCCAGUCUGGUAGAUGCUGGCCUCAUUGAGAAAUGUCUGUGCGAGCUGAGGACUCUCAACACCUUGCAGGGAGAGAGAGAAGAAAUCAAGAGCCAGGCCCUCACCUCACUUCAAUUCCUGUCCAGCUUCUUCAAGUUGCUGUGGUCAUGUGUCACCGUCAGCCAGCAGUUGAUUGGUCAAAUAAGCUUCUUGAAACAACUGCUGACCACUGCGGUGACUCUGCUAACGUUGAAUAUAAAAGACUUGGAUACAGGUACCCAGGACACGGUGUGUGCAUGCUGGGCAGACGUGUUUACGCUCCUGGCUACUCUGGUGAGGGGGUACAGCUCAGCGGCAUACCCAUCCGUCUCCACCGCACUGGGAAGACGCUGGCAGAAAUUCACAGGGACAAUAACUGUCUGUGUGCAUGAGAAGUUCGCUGACCCCCACCUCCACAUGAUGGCGCUACAGUUUCUCUGCGUUGUGUUCUCAGAGGAGGUAAAGACACGCUGCGCAGAGGUGGAUACCUCGACCUCUGAGCAUGUGACAACAAUGUCUGACAUCGUGAAGGGCCCAGUGGCCGGCAACCUCUGUGAAUUACUGUUGCAGAGUUUUGAAAAGAGGUCAUCUCAGGACGCUAUGAAGAGGCUGACAUCCAGAGCUCUGAUGGCACUGUUAGCCUGCAGUCCCACUGCCCAGAACCACGCAUCCAAAGCUGGUCUCAUAGACAGCUGUGUGGAGCAGUUGAAGCAGAGUCACUCCCAGCUCCACCUGGAGUCGGUGCGACCAGGCAAGGCUGCUCACCGCAAGAAGGAGGAGGCCCGCUUAAAAGAAGUCAAGCUGACCAUGGAGAUACUGCGGAACACCCUUUACCACAACAGUGAAUGCAAAGCUGUGGCUAUUGAUGCUCGCCUAACGUCAGCACUCCAUGCUCUUUGGCCUUGGCUCUUAUUGGACGAUCCCACCAUGGAGGCAGCUCUGGAGCUUCUGUGUGUCUUCACAGCCAACUGCGCCGCAGCAUGCAGUUCUCUGUGUGGCGGUGGCCCGGGGGUUGCCUCAGGUUUCCGAGGCCCCCCCAGUAGUUCCCUCAUGCACUCUGUCAUGAAGCUGGCCUCUGGGGUCGCACCCGACAACAGCACCAUCCAGAAGCUAGCCUUCUCCCUUCUGGCUAACCUGGCCAUGUCCCGCGACUGUAGGGGCCUCCUGCAAAAGAGUAACUUCCUGCAGGCCUUCCUCUCAGUGCCAGUAGCCAAGGCCGGUGGCGGCGGCAGCAAUCUUCUGGGCCUGUGGCUCAGGCUGAUGGUCAACCUGUCAUUCGGAGAGGAUGGCCAGCAAAGUAUCAUCAGACUAACCGGAGCCCUGGAGCUGCUGGCCGACCUGGCACCAAACCAGCGUCCCGCGCUUCUCACCCUCCACAACCUCUGCUUCUGCCCCACCAACAAACCCCACAUCCUCACCAGUGACAAGGCCCUGGGGGUGUUGUUGUUUUGUCUGGAGAGUGCAGAGAUGGAGGUCCGCUCCAUGGGAGCCUCAGCGCUCUGGGCCCUGCUCCUUAACAAUCAGAGGGCCAAGUCUGCUUUGAAGUGUCCCUCUGUCAGGCUGAGAAUCGAAGACGCACACGCCGCCUGUAAGAGAGACGCAGAGAGCCAGCCGGUGCCUGUGAACGCCUACUUGUUGAAGUGCCUUGAAAACUUAUCCCAGCUGCUGAAUAACUGACACACACAAACCAUAAACACACACACACACACAUGCUUUUAUGAAUGCGAAUGUAUA